AACAUGUUCCUGGGUGAAGGAAGCUACGUCAUAUCCGGUGCAAACAUGUCUGCGCACUGACAAAAGUCACAUUCCUCACAAGUCGAAAUAAGCGCUGUUUUUUGUGGAUUUGUCCCGCGCAAGAUUUUGUCACGACAUCUGACGCCAUCAGAGCGGCAUCAUGGUUCAGUUAACCUCCCAGCUGCUCACAAAAUACCACAAGGGCCACGUCGUCAUCCGAAUGGCCCUUGCUGGCCACAAACAGGCCAACAGACCGUUUUAUCGCAUCGUGGCUGCUUUUAACAAACGAGCCCGGGACGGGAAAUACAUCGAGCAGCUGGGGACCUACGACCCCCUGCCCAACAUCCACAAUGAGAAGCUGGUCAGUUUCAACUUCGACAGGAUCAAGCACUGGAUCGGCUGCGGCGCUCACACAACAAAGCCUGUGGCCAAACUUCUAGGGCUGGCUGGGUUCUUUCCUCUACACCCCAUGACGAUAACAGGAGCGGAGCGUUGCAGAGCCAAAACAGAGCAAGAGGCCGCAGCAGACGCUGGAACAGAGCAGUCGGAGCCAGCUGAAGCAUGAUUGUUUGAACAGGACUCUUUUUCUUUAGUGUUUCCACUCAUUUCAUGAUGAUUAUCUGUAUGGUCAACAAAUAUUAAAGCCAGCGCUGGAUGCAGUGUUAUACUUCA